CUCGUGCCCGGACUUGGGUCCAGCACAGCGGUAGAGAUGGCUCAGUAUUUCCCCGGACUGAAGAGCCGUAACGACGCGGCGAGGCUCCGUGCGGCCCGAGACCUCCAGAAGUACGUGUCUACUGAGCUGCGAGAACUGCCUGACGAGCAAUCCAGCGAAAUUCUGGAUGACGUCAACCAAAAUAUAUUCUCCCUCAUCUCGAGCCAAGAGGUCCACGAGAAGAAGGGAGGGAUCCUAGCCAUAGUGAGUCUGGUUGGUCUGGAGGGAGGAGGGAAUGUCGCAAAGUUGGGUCGCUAUGCCAACUACCUUCGUAGCAUCCUUCCACACCCCGAUGUGGCCCUUACCGAAAUGACCGCCAAGGCCAUUGGCCAGCUGGCUCUGGCUGAAGGGACAUACACGGCAGAGUACGUGGAGUUCGAAGUGAGGCGAGCUCUCGAGUGGAUCGGAGGAAACGAACACAAGAGACUCGCAGCUGUCCUGAUUCUGAGGGAGCUGGCAGUUCAUACCCCCACACUCUUCUAUCAACAAAUCCAACAGUUCUUUGACAACAUAUUUACCGCCAUCAGGGAUCCCAAGGCUCUAAUCAGGGAGAGGGCGGUGUCAGCGUUGAGGGCGUGUCUGAGACUGACGGCACAGAGGGAGACAAAAGAGGCAGUUAACAACACUCGCAGCUACCAGAGAGCUUACGACGAAGCAAUUAAUGGCCUUGGGGAAGGGUCUUCCUCACGUGAUAAAAUUGCUAAUCUCAGCCGUGACGACCGUAUCCAUGGCUCCCUCCUCAUCAUCAACGAACUCAUUAUGAACAGUGCCUGGAAUGACGAGAGUCUCCGGCCGGAGCUGAGCGACCCGGAAGAGAACGAGGACCACAAUGGACUCGACAUACUCAUGGAGGGAGAGCACAAACACUCCCUCGUCUCCGGCUGCGAUAGAGGCGGUUUCCAGGCAACCCUAGGACAGGGAACUGUUCGGAGGUUCCCUGGGUUCGCACAGGGCUACGCCGGUGGGAAAAGAGUUAAAUUCAAGGCGAUGCCAAGCAAGGCGUGUCAGCAGUUUAUGAUGAGGAACUUUGACGAAGUCUGCCGCCUGUUUUUCAAGAACAGAACCAGUCGAAGUAUGCUGAUUCAGCAGACGUUGAUGACUCUCCUUCCUCGUAUCGCUGCCCUUAACCAGGACCUCUUUGCACUCAAUCACCUGACGGACGGAGUGAGCUACCUGCAGGGCUGUCUGAGGAAGGAGAGGGAGAAGGCAGCUGCAUUCAGGUCCAUGGGUCUCAUGGUCUAUGUGUUGAAGGACAGAAUGGAUCUGGAGCCUGUGCUGCAGACCGUCAAGACCAGCCUCCCCACCGGCAAGGAGGUCCCUACCAAGAGAGCCAGUCGCAGUGGGUCGGCAUAUGAGCCGUCCGUGUUCCUGUGUAUCAGUAUGCUGGCCAGGGCCGUGGGAGGGAACAUAGAGAGCGAGAUGAGCGGGAUGCUGGACCAGAUGUUCUCCGCGGGACUCACUGUUGAGCUGACCUCUGCCCUCCAGGUCCUCUCGGAGAGGAUUCCUACACUACAGAGAGAGAUUCAAGAUGGGCUGUUGAAGAUGCUGUACAUGGUUCUACUGCACCAGCAACUGAGACACCCAGGAGCUCCCAAGACCCAAGCAGCCGCUCUCCAACCCACCCCUCUCCCAGGAAACGUAAUGGAGGCAGACAUCCCAAGUGUAACUCUAGCUCUACAGACUCUCGGAUCAUUCAACUUCGGAGCCUCCCCACCGUUGCAGCUGGUACAGAUCUGUGCAGAGCACUACCUGACCUCAGAGCACCGCUCGGUCAGAAUGGAGGCCGUCAAGACGUGUGCUGCUCUCCUGGUCCCUUCUCUCCUCCCUCCCUCCAUCUUUACCACUCCCUUUGUUCAGUUCUCACAGGCAUCUGCUCAGGUGGUGGGAGAAGUCCUCAGUAAGAUGUUGGUCGUCGGUAUCACUGACCCAGACGAUGAGAUCAGGGAGUGUGUGUUCCUGUCACUGGACAAGAGAUUUGAUCCUCAUUUGGCACAGGCUGAGAGCCUCACCACUCUCUUCAUGGCCAUGCAAGACGGAGUGUUUCGCAUCAGGGAGCUGGCGAUGUGUAUCAUAGGCCGACUCAGCAGUCUCAACCCGGCCUUCGUCAUGCCGACGCUCCGCAAGGUCCUGAUCCAGAUCCUGACGAGCGUAGUACACAGCGGGAACCAGAGUUUGAGCUCCCACGUUGUCAUCAACAUCGUGGCCACCAUUGGGGAACUGGUGCAGGUUGCCAGGGAGGACAUGCGGGGGUGUGUCCAGGACCUCUGUCCCAUCCUCAUGACGAUGCUGCAGGACUCCAGCUCGCUGGCAAGGAGAGAGGUGGCUCUCUGGACAUUCGGACAACUGGUAGAGAAUACGGGAUAUGUGAUAGAGCCUUACCACCAGUUCCCCAACCUGCUGGACGUUCUGUUCUCAUUUCUAAAGACUGAGCAGCCGUCUGGAGUCAAGAGAGAGGUGGUGAGAGUCCUGGGACUGCUGGGAGCCCUGGACCCUUACAAACACAAGCAGCAGCAGAGGAACUGUCAGCCGAGCAAGAUGGGGACGCCUCUCAGUAAACCAAUGGACAAGACCACUCCCGGACAGUCAACUGCAGUGGGAGAUUCAGCCAGUGCCCUGCUGGUCUCAAUGGGUAGUGGAGCCAGUCUGGAGGAUUUCUACCCCUCAAUUGCCAUCAACUCACUCAUGAGAAUACUCAAAGACCAGUCCCUCUCUCAACACCACACCAUGGCCAUUCAGGCUCUGGGGUUCAUAUUCAAGAGUCUGGGGAUCAAAUCGGUGCCUUAUCUACCACAAGUGAUGCCACCAUUUCUGCAUGCUAUCUGCAGCUGCAGUCGCGACAUGCGGGAGUACAUGUUCAAGCAGCUGGCCCAGAUCGUCUCCAUCAUCAAACAACAUGCACGAGAUUACAUGCAGGACAUCUUCUCCGUCAUCAGGGAGUUCUGGACGACCGAGCACCAACACCUCCAGAACACCAUCAUUCUCCUCAUAGAGAAGAUAGUGGCCGGGAUGGGGGACGAACUCAAGAUCUACAUUCCACGCAUGGUGGAGCCGGUCCUGAAACUCUUCCUCCAAGACCAGAGCAAAAUGAAGAUCUCCACGCAGAAGAUGCUGGCAGCCCUACAACUGUGUGGAGCUAGUCUUGACGACUACCUCCAUCUCAUGAUUCCUCCCAUUGUCAAGGUCUUUGAGACCGACACCAACCCCACGGACGUCAGGAGGACUGCCCUGGAGACCAUUGAGAAACUAAGUCAGACUGUCGACUUCAGCGACUACGCCUCUCAGAUCAUACAUUCCAUUGUCGUCGUCCUGGAUACCAGCUCAGAGCUCCGCCCUGUUGCCAUGGACGCACUCUGCUCCCUAAUGACCCAGCUCGGCCAGCGGUACAAGAUCUUCAUCCCCAUGGUGAAAAAGGUGAUGACCAAGAACAAAUAUAACUACACAAACUACGAGCUGCUCCUCGUAAGACUCCUCAGAGACGAACCACUCUCCCCUGAAGAUGACGUCGAUCGACAACUGAAGGCUGGAAAAUCGAAAUCUGUGGAAGACGACUCAGCAGAAAUCGAGGCUGCAUCGUUCAAGAAAUUCCCUCUGGAACCAAAUGCCCUGACGCGGGCAUGGUCGUCGGUCGGACGUGUCUCGAAGGAGGACUGGGUGGAGUGGCUGCGGAGGUUGGGGGUGGAGCUACUGAAGGAAAGCCCCUCCCCCUCGUUAAGGUCGUGCUGGGCGCUGGCCCAGGCCUACAAUACUCUAGCCAGAGAGCUGUUUAACGCUGCCUUCGUCUCCUGUUGGAUGGAACUGAGACCGGUACACCAGGAGGACCUGGUCACGAACCUGAGACAGGCUCUCACCCAUCAGACCAUCCCCGAGAUCACUCAGACCAUUCUCAACCUGGCCGAGUUCAUGGAGCACUGCGAGGAGGCUACCGGUCGUCUCCCCCUCUCGUCUGAGCUACUCGGGGAGUGUGCCAUGUCCUGCAGGGCCUACGCCAAGGCCCUCCACUACAAGGAGGAGGACUUCCACCGGGGUCCCACCAGCAACAACCUGGAGGCUCUCAUCUCCAUCAACAACAAACUUCAGCAGCCAGAUGCCGCAGCCGGCGUGCUUGUCUUUGCCAAACAGCAAAUCAAGGGAGAUUUCAAGGUGCAGGAGAAGUGGUAUAUGAGUCUCAAUGACUGGGAGGCGGCCUACAAGGCGUACACCGAGCGACAGAAACAGAGACCUGACGACAUCUCUCUCACCCUCGGGAAGAUGAGGUGUCUCCACGCCAUGGGGGAGUGGACAAGGCUGUAUGAGAUGGCCUGUGAGAGCUGGGGACUGGGAGAUGACACCACGCGACAGAAGAUGUCCGUCAUGGCCUCUGCGGCAGCCUGGGGACUGGGACAGUGGGAGAGCAUGGAGGAAUACGUCCGCAGCAUUCCGAAGCACACCAUGGAGGGCUCCUUCUACCAGGCCCUUCUCCACAUCCACCAAAAGGAGUUCGAUGAUGCCCAGAAGUGUAUUGACUGUCACGUGACUCCUGGUUACGGAGCUGACGACCCUGGCAACGGAGAGCUACAGCCGAGCCUACGGAUUGAUGGUUUCAAUCCAACUGCGCUGUCGGAACUGAAGAGACCGUUCUGUUCCUAUGCAGAGCGACAGGAAGCUAGCUUCAGCAGAACCUGGUGGAUACGACUUCUGGUAAUUCCCCAGCUCAUCGCUAGGAUCGACCAUCCUCGACGACUGGUGGCCAAACUGAUCCACGACCUCCUCACUGACGUGGGGAAACAGCAUCCUCAGGCUCUCAUCUACCCACUGACAGUAGCCAGUAAGAGCCAGAGCCCCAUGAGACGUGCGGCGGCAGACACAAUCCUCCAGAACAUGACUGAACACAGCAGCCGUCUGGUCCAGCAGGCAAUUCUGGUCUCAGAGGAGCUAAUAAGAGUGGCCAUCCUCUGGCAUGAACAGAUACUUUGGGGAGCACAAUGUGAAGGCCAUGUUUCUCGAUCCUGGAACCACUCCACCACAGAAUGGAACGCGGACCUGAACCUCAAGAAUAUCCUUCAACCACUAUGUGUCUCCGAGCUGAUGGUUUGCGUUGACCUGGAGCUUGCAGUCCCCGUGACCUACGAACCCACAACCCGUUGUCCCAUUCGAGGUGUCCGCCACUCUCAUGUCAUCACGUCCAACAGAGACCUCGGAACUGGUCAUCCAGGACAGGACGAGAGGGUCAUGCAGCUGUUUGGUCUGGUAAACACUCUCCUUGGCAACGACCCCGAGACCUUCAAGAGGCACCUCAGCAUCGAGCGAUACUCGGUGAUUCCGCUGUCUCCCAACUCUGGACUGAUAGGCUGGGUGCCCCACUGCGACACCAUCCACUCUCUCAUCAGAGACUACAGGGAGAAGAAGAAGAUCAUGCUCAACAUCGAACAUCGCCUCAUGCUACAGAUGUCGUCAGACUACGACCACCUGACUCUGAUGCAGAAGGUAGAGGUGUUUGAACAAGCCAUCGACAGCACCAGCGGAGACGAUCUGGCCAAAGUUCUCUGGCUCAAGAGUCCCAGUUCUGAGGUGUGGUUUGAUAGGAGAACUAACUACACCAGGUCGCUGGCUGUCAUGUCAAUGGUUGGCUACAUCCUGGGACUGGGUGACAGACACCCAUCCAACCUGAUGUUGGACCGACUGACUGGCAGAAUCCUGCACAUCGACUUUGGCGAUUGUUUCGAGGUUGCCAUGACGAGGGAAAAGUUUCCAGAGAAGAUUCCGUUCCGUCUCACUCGCAUGCUCACCAAUGCCAUGGAGGUUACGGGGAUCGAGGGUAACUUCCGUCGCACAUGCAUGAGUGUGAUGACUGUACUAAGAGAGAACAAGGACAGUGUAAUGGCCGUUCUGGAGGCCUUCGUGUAUGACCCUCUCCUCAACUGGAGACUUAUGGAUGAGACGGCCAAAGCUAAGUCCAAGAGCAAGGAGACAGGGAGGAUACCAGAGACCAGUGGGACAACUCCUCUCUCCAUGGACAGGCAAGGUUCACAGAGCUAUCAUCCAGAGGAACUCAACAAGAGAGCUGUGGCCAUCACUCAGAGAGUCCGUCUCAAACUAACAGGAAAUGACUUCCCCCAUGAGAAGUCACUGACAGUUGACAGACAAGUCCAGCUCCUGAUCGAGCAGGCCACAAGCCACCAAAACCUCUGUCAGUGCUACAUCGGAUGGUGCCCCUUCUGGUAGAGAGGGAGCAUUACAUCAUCAUUACAUCACUGGCAAUUAUCAAGUUAAUCAGACUUGGAUUUUUCUUCUUUAGUUUUGAUGUAUACAUGAAUGCUUGUGAAUUGUGAAUGGAUUUUGGGUUUGAUAAGUGUAUUAUCAUAACUUACCCUUUUUGUGUAUGUGUGUGCCCUAUGCGUUUACAUUACCCCUUUGAAUGUGUGAUCAUUUUCCUCCUCUCUGUGUAUAUUAGCGUGAGUUUAGCUAAGAGUUCUAAUGUCAGUGAUUUUGAACAUGUGCUCAAGUGUCAGUCAGUGACGGCACAAGUGUAUGCAGGGGGUGUUUAUUUGUCCAUCAUGUAACAAUCAUAACGAC